AUGCCAACACCAGCCCGUAAAACUCAGAAAGGAGGCCGAAAGCGACGUGUCAAUGGAGUGGAGGAGGAAAUUCUGUACAUCAUCGGAUUCUUCCAGGACGACUCGUCAAUUGGUCUAUCAACGUUCUUCACAAAAUUCUGCAUAUUGUACCAGGAUUCGAAGAGCAAUUUCCGAGUGCUGAAUUUGGAGAUGUUUUCUCCCGAAAAGUGGAUCAAAAAUUCUUGA